CUUAAAUUAAAGUUGCAACAACAUUUUGUCUUAUUAGUAAACGACUGAGCGGGCAUGCACAAAUUCGGCGAAACGUGGGGCAUAGAUACAAGACAACCCUCCCGGUGAAAGAGUCAGCGGUAAUAAGUAGUCAUUCGUGUUAAAUGGAAGUAGAAGAAGGGGGUGGCCGAAACGACGAAACCCCGCGCCGUUUCGUUAUUUCCGAUGGGUUUUAAGAACGUCUUCCUCUGCGUGGUCGCCGGUGUGCUCGCCGUGUUCGCGGCUCGCCAGUGGCGCGUCCGCACCUGGGGCCGUUGCCGAAGCAAGCGCUCCAUGAUCGGUAAGACGGUCGUCAUUACCGGCGCCAACUCGGGUCUCGGUCGGGCCACGGCCAUCGAGCUGGCGCGUCGCGGCGCCCGAGUGAUCCUCGCGUGUCGCGACAUCAGCAGCGGCCUCCUCGCAGCCGCCGACGUUCGACGGGUGACGAGCAUCGAGAACGUCGUCAUGCGCUACCUGGACCUCUCGUCCUUCAGCUCGAUACGGGCGUUCGUCAACGGCGUGCUCAAGUCCGAGAUGCACCUGGACGUGCUGGUGUGCAACGCGGGCAUCUUCCAGUGCCCGCUGUCGAUGACGCGCGACGGCCUCGAGAUGCAGAUGGGCGUCAAUCACCUGGGACACUUCCUGCUGGCCAACCUGCUCCUCGAUCGGCUCAAGAACUCCCAGCCGAGCCGCAUCGUGGUGGUCACGUCGAACCUGUACAAGCGGGCCAAGCUCAAGCCGAACGAGUUGCUCAUGGACGAGACCAACUACGACAAGCGCCUGGCGUACGCCAACAGUAAGCUGGCCAACAUACUGUUCGUGCGCGAGUUGAGCCGGAGGCUUCGCGGGUCGGGCGUGAAGGCGUACGCCGUCAGUCCCGGCAUGGUCUACACCAACCUGGGACGCCACACCAAGUUGCCCUGGUACCUGAUGGUCCUGCUGCUACCGUUCGCGCUGUUCGCGGUGCGAACUCCCGAGCAGGGCUGCCAGAGCAUCGUCGACUGCGCCGUGAACGAAGAGUACGAGCAGCAUUCGGGCCGAUUCUACUACAACUGCCGGCCCGAGAAGUUGGAGAGCAUCGCCUUGGACGACGACCUGGCGCUCAAGACUUGGGCAGAGAGCGAGAAAUUGACGGGCGUCUUGUCGGUGGACGUCAGAGGCUGAGCCCAGCCCGGACGUUAGAGAGGUCGCGACUCCGUGAUCGUGGAGUUUUGCUGGUUCGAAACUCCUGUGGGCCCUGUGAUCAAAUCUGUUGCGAAGGCUAUUUCAGGACGUGAGCGCCCUUUGCAGCACCUCUAGUUUCAUGUGUUCAGUUUGACGAUAUAAUUUAUUCCAUGCGUGUUUGUUUUUGUUCGUUUCUUGUAGUAUCUACCAUGUUCAGUAUGGCUACGCGGUUACAUGCGUAAAAUAAACGUGACCCUCCGUGUGAA